GGUGAGAUUCUAGUCAAACUUAAAGGCCUGGGUUCUUGCAAUGCUUCCUGGGCUUUUUCAUUUUUGUGUUUUGUGAAGAUUAAGACCUCUCAGUGAAUCUUUUUGUUCUUCUUCAUUCUUCUUUUUUUUCUUGGGGUUUUCACUUGUUUCUUGUACUAAUGAAGUGAUAUUUUCAACUAAUUCAUUGAUGGUAACUUUUCCCCCAAAGAAGGUUUUUUUUAUUUAUUUUUGAGGGAAAGUUGAAGAAUUUUUAGUUUAGUUUUGUAAUGUAAAAUUAGAAGAAGAAGAAGAAGAAGAAGAAGAAGAAGAAGAAGAAGAAGAAGAAGAAGAAGAAGAAGAAGAGGAAGAUAUGAAAUCAUUGAGCAGUGUGGGGAUUGGUUUGAGCAUAGUUUUUGCUUCUCUUUUGUUAGCUUUGGUUGGUGAGUUAUAUUAUUUGUUAUGGUGGAAGAAGAGAUUAACAAGUAGAAGGGAUUUCUUUUACAUGUUUUGUUUGAAAACUUCAUCAUCUUCAUCACCACCAACAACGAAUGAAGAUGAUGUUCAUCAUCAUAAUAAUUUGCAUUCAAACAAAGAUAGGAUGUUGAAGCCAUUUGAUGACCAUCAGCAUCAUCAUCAUCAUCAUCCCGAGUUGAUGAGGCCAACACCAAGGUUUCUCUUCACCAUUGUUGAAGAAACAAAGGAGGAUUUGGAGUUAGAAGAAGGUAAAUCCAAGGGUAAGUUUGGGUCAAGAGAUAUGAGUGUUGAAACCCCAUUUUUAACCCCACUUGCUUCCCCACCAUUUUUAACACCUCCCCAUACACCAACGGUUGAUGAACCCAUUCAACAACAAGGGUUCAACCCUUUGUUUGAAGCUACAACUGAUGCUGAGUUCAAUAAGUUAAGAUCAUCACCACCCCCAAAGUUCAAGUUCUUGCAAGAAGCAGAAGAGAAGCUUCAUAAAAGAAUGUUAAUGAUUGAUGAGGAUAAUGAUGGUAAUCACAAUGGUGGAUUUGAUGAAGAAAAUGGUGAAAUGACACCUCCUUCAAAGUACCUCAAAGAUGAAGAAGAUGAAUCUUUUAUCACAAUCAUUGUUAAUAAUAAUCACAGUCAUCAACAGGUAAUUCCUCUAAGCGAUUAGUUCCAUCUAACCAAAAAAAAAAAAUUGAGAAUUUUCUUUCAAAAAGAAAAAAACUUUUAGGGUUUGAUUUAAUUAUUUUUUUUAAUUUGAUAUGUAUUGUGUUGUCGACCAUGUAGGAGUGCACCAGUGGGGGUUACUUGUUUUUAUUUUCAAUCUCCAUUUUUAUGAGUGAAUUUAUUUACUAA